AUGGAGGCGAACGAACCACGCAAAAAUGUUGCCGUAAUUGGCACGGGGAUGGCUGGGUUAGUGGUCGCAUAUAUGCUCAGGAAUGAUCCUCUAGGGAGAUUUGACGUGGAAGUAUUCGAAAAGCAAGACAAACUUUCGCUCGAUUCCGCGUCAUACAACCUCACAAACCAAAAUGGCGGAGGCGCAAAGCCCGAACGCCUCGAUCUUCCCAUGCGCACAUUCGCCGACGGAUACUACGAAAGUCUCAAGCGGAUGUACGAUUAUUUCGGCAUCCCAUAUGGCUCGCUACGGUUUAUUUACUCCUUGUCGACACUACCAGACAGUGCCACGAAACAAACCUCUCCAUACUAUAUGCAUUCCUCAAAUAACCACCAAUUACCUCCCCUGCGUCCGGAGGGGUUAUCAUGGACCGGCCUGCUGCUUCUAUGUAGCGCCCAAAACUCUGGAGUCAUCUGGCAUGGAGGAAUCUCUGCGUCAAUAUGUGGAGAGAAUUAUGUUGCCCCCUUAUUACGUGAAGCACUACUUCUUGCCGGUCUUCGCGAGCGUUGCGACUUGCUCACACGAUGCGCUGAUGGAUUUUUCCCGGCUCUUGAUCUGGUGGGUUAUGGGAGACGAACCUUCCGUAAGAAGCACUACACUGUUCUUGGUGGAGUUCAGCAUGUCGAGAAAAAGCUGUCCAAAGAUUUGACGUAUAAACUUGGCAUGAAGGUCACGGCGGUCGAGAAUAUCGGCACAAAAGUUCAAGUGAGCUGGACAGAUACCCGUGAUAGCCAGAGCAGCUCACGACUAUUUGACCAUGUCGUUCUGGCCGUGACACCUGACGUGGUUGGCGCGAUUUUCCAACCUCUCCAAAGCGCAAUGAAGGCCGUUCCCACAACGACCGUUCAAUCAGUUGUGCACCGUGACUUUUCCCGGAUUCUUGAUUCUAGCAAAUCCCUAUGGGAGCAAGUGUCCUUGAACCCCGGCGAAUCAGCACCUCACCCACUCCACAUGUGCUCAAAUGCUACGGCGACUGAGACUGUCCAUGAACAUCCGUCAUCCGCUCUUAUUACGACUUAUCCCAUUGCUCCGAUUGACCCCGAGAAGGUCUUGUACACUGCCACAUUCACUCGUGUUCUGCGAUCCUCCGCCAGCAGACAGAUCGUCAACCAGAUCUUUAGCCAGAAGAAGUCUGGGGAUGACAAGAGCCAGCUAUGGCGGAAUGGAGAUGGAAAUGUCUGGCUCGUUGGUGGCUGGUGCUGGGACGGGAUGGUACUACUCGAGGGGUGUCUAUCUUCUGCGACGAGGGUGGCAAACGCCCUUGAUGUCGAGGUGCCUUGGAUGAAAGAGUCCUCUUUAUAA